AGCCCCCACCCAUGAUUGAGGUUCCUAACAAUGUCACGGCUGUCCCUGGUGAAGGAGCCAUCUUGACCUGCCUCGCUCUGAGCACGGUGCGUUACAAUCUCACCUGGCAGCAAAGUGGCAGGGAUGUGAGGCUGAAGGACCCCCUGCGAAUAAGGAUGCUGAGCAACCUGUCUUUAGAGGUGAAGCCUGUAAAGCUCACGGACGCUGGCAAGUACGACUGCAUUGCUUCUAAUGAGGGUGGAUCUACCACAGCGUCAGUCUUCCUUACGGUGCAAGAACCACCUAGGGUUGUCAUUUCACCUAAGAAUCAGACUUUUACAGAAGGCUCUGAAGUGUCCAUCAGGUGCUCCACAACAGGUUAUCCCAAGCCAGCAGUAGUAUGGACACACGAUGAUAUGUUUGUUAUUGGUUCAAGCAGGUACAGACUGACUCCAGAAGGCACCUUAAUCAUAAGAAAGGCAGUUCCAGAAGAUGCAGGGAUUUAUGGUUGCUUGGCAAGUAACUCAGCUGGGACAGAGAAGCAGACAUCCACCCUUACGUACAUUGAGCGCCCAACAUUGACCAUAGUUCAAAGUGAAAUUCUGGUUGCUCUUGGAGACACAACUAUUAUGGAGUGUGACUUAGAGUUGAGGGCAUCAGCAUUUCUCAUUAUUGAUACUCAUCGGGGUCUUCUGAAGAUCCAGGAAACACAAGAUCUGGAUGCUGGUGACUAUACCUGUGUAGCUACCAAUUAUGCAGGGAGAGCUUCUGGGAAGAUAACUCUUGAUGUUGGCUCUCCCCCAGUUUUCACGCAGGAACCCAGCGAUGAAUCUGCGGAUAUAGGCUCAAACAUCACACUGCCGUGCUAUGUGCAGGGUUACCCAGAACCAAAGGUUAAAUGGAGGCGGCUGAAUGGUGCUUCCCUUUUCUCAAGACCAUUCGCAGUUAGUUCCAUCAGUCAGCUCAGAACAGGAGCUCUGUCUAUCAAUAGUUUGUGGGUCAGUGAUGAAGGAACUUAUGUCUGUGAAGCUGAGAACCAGUUUGGAAGGAUUCAGUCCCGGCCAGCCAUGGUCACAGUAACAGGACUGGUUACACCUCUGAUUGGAGUAAGUCCAGCCACAGCUAAUGUCAUUGAGGGGCAGCAGCUGACUCUGCCAUGUGUACUGCUUGCUGGAAAUCCCAUUCCAGACCGGAGGUGGAUUAAAAACAGUAUGGUGCUGGUUCCCAACCCCUACGUUAAUGUUCGCAGCGAUGGAAGCCUGCACCUUGAAAGAGUUCGGCUGCAGGAUGGUGGCGAUUACACCUGCAUGGCAAGCAAUGUAGCUGGGACAAGCAACAGAACUACUGCUGUUCAUGUGCAUGUUCUGCCUGUUAUUCAGCAUGGACAGCAGAUAUUCAGCACCAUUGAAGGAAUCCCAGUAACAUUGCCAUGCAAAGCAAGUGGAAUUCCUAAGCCAUCUAUUGUCUGGUCCAAGAAAGGAGAAGUAAUUCUUUCCAGCAAUAUGAAAUUUUCUGCAGGGUCUGAUGGAAGUCUGUAUGUAGUUUCACCAGGGGGUGAAGAGACUGGGGAAUAUGUGUGCACUGCAACAAAUGCUGCUGGAUACGCCACACGGAAAGUCCAGCUGACUGUCUACGUGAAACCUAGAGUGUCCAGGCCUGGAGACCAGCAAGGAAAUGCAUAUGAUAAACCUAUAGAGAUCUCAGUAAUUGCAGGGGAAGAUGUCACACUUCCAUGUGAAGUAAAGAGCUUGCCACCCCCCAUAAUUACCUGGGCCAAAGAAAUGCAGCUCAUAUCUCCAUUCUCUCCAAGACACACUUUCCUAUCUUCAGGGUCAAUGAAGAUUAGUGAGACACAAGUUUCAGACAGUGGAAUGUAUAUCUGUGUAGCCACAAAUAUUGCUGGGAAUGUGACUCAGUCAGUGAAGCUGAGUGUACACGUUCCUCCAAAGAUACAGCGCGGGCCUCGAGUUUUGAAAGUCCAAGCCGGCCACAGAGUUGACAUACCCUGCAGUGCCCAGGGGAUCCCUGCCCCAGCGGUCACUUGGUUCAAAGGCAGAAGUGCUGUGCCCACAGAUGAUGGGCAGUUUAUCCACGGCCCAGAUGGAACCCUAAGCAUCAGCAACGUGCAGCUUCCCGAUGCCAGCGUCUACAAGUGCAUUGCGAGUAAUGUAGCGGGCAGCGACACCUCCGAGAUAACGGUACAAGUUCAAGAGUCUCCUGCUUUUGAGGAUCUGGACCCUCCGUACAACAGUCCCUUUCAGGAGGCAGUGGCAAAUCAACGCGUUGUCUUCCCAUGUCCUGCGAAAGGUGUUCCAAAGCCAGUCAUCAAAUGGCUGCGUAAUGGAAGACAGCUGACAGGCAGCGAACCAGGGAUUUCCAUUCUGGAGAGUGGGACACUGCUGAUCAUCGAUUCUGUUACAACUUCUGAUAAUGGGGAGUAUAUCUGUGUGGCAACCAAUGAAGCUGGAAGCACAGAAAGAAAAUACAACCUGAAGGUUCAUGUUCCUCCUGAAAUUAGAGAUCAAGAGAAGGUGACAAAUACAUCUGUAGUUGUUCAUCACACUGUAAGUCUCUUCUGUGAAGUAUCUGGUAACCCCUUCCCAGUCAUCUCCUGGUAUAAAGAAGAUAACCAGGUCGUGGAAAGCAGUACUCUCCAGAUUUUGCAUAAUGGGAAGAUACUGAAGCUCCUUAAAGCUGCUACUGAUGAUGCUGGACAAUAUUCAUGCAAAGCCAUAAAUGUAGCAGGAAGUUCUGAGAAGCUGUUUAACGUAGAUAUACUAGUUCCACCAAGUGUAAUAGGUGCUGAUACCCCCGGAGAAAUUGCAGUCAUCCUCAACCAGGAAAUCAGUCUGGAAUGUAGAGCCAAAGGCUUCCCUUUUCCUGACAUUCAUUGGUUCAAAGAUGGCAAGCCCUUGUUUUUGGGUGAUCCCAACGUUGAGCUUCUGGACAAAGAUCAAGUUCUACACAUAAGGAAUGCUCGAAGGAUGGACAAAGGCCGUUAUCAGUGCAGUGCCACCAACACUGCUGGCAAACAAGUUAAGGAGGUCAAGCUGAUGGUCCAUGGAGAUUUUCAGCUGGGAGAAAAGGAGGGGAAAGGUUCAUGGAAGAAGGAAGACUUCAUACGAGACAAGAUUAAGAGUUUUUGGAAGACUAAAGAAUGUGUGAAAGCCCAGUCAGACCUGAAAACUGAAAGCACAGUGCUAACAGAAAUGAGGGGGAAACAAGUGCAGAAAUCUAUAGUCCCUCCUAGCAUUAAAGGAGGGAAUAUUACCACAGAGGUGUCGGCGCUUCUUAACAACCUUAUAAAUCUGGAAUGCGAAACAAAGGGAAUCCCUGCUCCUACCAUUACGUGGUACAAAGAUGGACGCCCGAUCAUUGCCAGCGCCCAGGCUCUGUAUGUGGACAGAGGGCAGUUCCUGCAGAUACCUCGGGCCCAGGUGUCAGAUUCUGCAAAGUACACUUGCCGUGUGAGCAACGCUGCUGGAGCUGCUGAGAAAACAUACGACGUGGAUGUCUACGUUCCUCCAGUAAUUGAGGGGGAUGCUGACACGGCCCAGAACAGGCAGGUGGUUGCUGGCAAUUCACUGACGUUGGAGUGUAAAGCUGCUGGUAACCCUCCACCUCUCCUUACCUGGUUAAAAGAUGGUGUGCCUGUGAAAGCAAGCAGCAGCCUCCGCGUUGUAGCUGGUGGGAAGAAGCUGGAGAUUUUGAACGCUGCUGAGGCUGACCGGGGCCAGUAUUUGUGUGUGGCCACAAGCAUAGCUGGAGAACAAGAGAUCAGAUAUGACGUUGAAAUCUUAGUCCCGCCAUUUGUGGAAGGUGGGGAUGAGGUCUUGGAUUACAUUGUGAUUCUGCAUAGCCCUUUGGAGUUGGAUUGUUCAGCAACAGGGACACCCUCACCAACUAUCACGUGGUUGAAAGAUGGUCAACCAGUUGAAGAGGGAGCGGGACAUAAGAUCUUACUAAACGGACAAAAAAUUCUCAUCUCUCGAGCUCAAGUGUCAGACACUGGCCGCUAUAAAUGUGUGGCUGCAAAUAAGGCAGGAGAACAUGAAAGGGAAUUUGAUGUUACUGUGCAUGUUCCUCCAAGCAUCAAACCAGCUGGGACUUCCGAGAGAGCUGUUGUGAUACACAAGCCUCUGGAGUCUUCAGGCCGUGCUCUGCAAGUUGUCAAGGCCCUGCUCGAGGAUGCUGGCCGAUACACUUGUGUGGCAACAAACGCUGCAGGAGAAGCCCAACAGCACGUUCGGCUUCAUGUGCAUGAACCACCCAGCAUGAAAGAUGCAGGAAAAAUGUUAAAUGAAACAGUGGUGGUGAACAAUCCAAUCCAUCUUGAAUGCAGAGUGACCGGGAACCCGCUGCCAGGUAUCUCGUGGUACAAAGACAACCGUCCACUCGCUGGGGAUGCAAGUGCCACUCUUCUGAACAGAGGGCAGGUUUUGCAGAUUGAGGGUGCUCAGAUCUCCGACACUGGCGUUUACAAGUGCGUGGCUGCCAACGCAGUGGGCACAGCGGAAUUGGUUUACAGUCUUCAGGUCCAUGUCCCGCCAUCGAUUGCUGGCGGCAGUGACACGAUGACAGUGGUGGUUAAUAAUCUAGUGCGACUGGAGUGCGAAGCAAGAGGCAUCCCUGCGCCUAUUCUGACGUGGCUAAAAGAUGGUAGCCCUGUUUCCAGCUUUAGCAAUGGGCUCCAGGUUCUGUCUGGGGGCCGAGUCUUGGCGUUGACCAGCGCUCAGAUCAGCGACACAGGGAAGUACACUUGCGUGGCAGUCAAUGCUGCGGGUGAGAGCCAAAGAGAGAUUGAUCUCAGAGUUUACGUUCCACCAGACAUCAUGGGAGAGGAACAAAAUGUCUCGGUGCUCGUCAGCCAAGCAGUGGAGCUGCUCUGCCAGAGCAAUGCUAUUCCCCCUCCUGUGCUGACGUGGCUCAAAGAUGGACGACCCUUGCUGAAGAAGCCAGGUCUUAGCAUCUCUGAAGAUGGAAGUGUACUGAAGGUUGAAGGAGCUCAAGUGCAGGACACUGGCCGUUACACUUGUGAAGCAACAAACAUUGCUGGGAAAACUGAAAAGAACUAUAAUGUCAACGUUUGGGGCUCUCCACUGAUGUCUGACCUGUCGGGAAGGGUGCGGAUAUUAUCUGGAGGCAGGCAGCUACAGAUUUCAAUUGCUGAGAAGUCUGAUGCUGGGUCUUACACUUGUCUUGCUUCAAAUAUAGCUGGAAGUGCCAAGAAGGAGUACAGUUUGCAAGUACACAUUCGCCCAACUAUAUCAAACAGUGGUAGCCACCCAUCAGAAGUUGUCGUCACCCAAGGAAAUGAAAUUUCCUUGGAGUGCAGGGCGCAGGGCAUUCCGGAACCAGCAAUAGCGUGGAUGAAGGAUGGCCGCCUGCUGGCUGCUGGAAGGGACAUAGCCAUGCUUCACGGUGGUCGCUUUCUUCAACUGAAAAAUGCCCAGGUGUCAGACACCGGCCGCUACGUCUGUGUUGCCGCCAAUGUGGCGGGACUGUCUGACAGAAAAUACGAUUUAAAUGUUCAUG